AUGACAAAGUUACAAACAGGCAUUGGCCUUGGUAUGAGCAUUUCUGAAGAAAAGUGGAGCGUACACCAACACCAACCUUCUACUCAACAUCCCCACUCUCAAAUGAACACUACAAUGUCCAACGAAAAUAACUUCAUGCCUACUUACCCGUACGAAACAACUUCACAACAACAGAUGCACCAACAACAAAUGCCUGUCCACGAAGGUAACCACAUGUACCUGCCUCCUAAACAAGAAAUGGAUGCAGCACCUCGUCAAUCGCAAUUCCAAGGCGGUUUCGUCUCUAUGUCAACUCCCAAUACCCCAAACGCUUCACGUCAAACGAACGGUUCUCCGAGUGCUCAGUCAACUCCUGGCGCUCCCUCUCAAGACCGUAAAGUAAUUGAUAACCGACCUGCCUUUACGUCUUUCCAUACCUCCUUCCAAGGUGGCGCGGUCAGAAAGAGAAGAGCCGACGUUCUCGGUUUCCCCGUUGAUGGAAGCCCCUUCUUUUCCCAAACAAAGCAACACAAUAAUGUUUACAGCAUGGACAGGACUACAAGUUACAAACUCACGAUCAAGUCAAAGGUCGACCGUGGAUUCUUCUUGGCCGAUAACGAUUGGACCUGCUAUCGAAGAAAUUAUUUCCAAAUAAGCAGUGCCUUUACCAUUACUACUUCGACCGGCCAUACAGUCAACGAGGCAGAGACGCCAUGUCUAGUAGAAGUCGACAACCAAUUCCAUACUUGCACCCAAUUCCUUCUUGGUAUCACAGCUCGCGUGUCCAACAGUGACAAGAAAAUCGAACUGGUCCAACACACUCCCAAGCGUGACAAGGGCCCCCAGAGCGUUCCCACUCCCAAACCAAUUCGUCCAGGCGGUAACCUCAGUCUCAGCUCCGUCGGUUCCAAUUCGAAUAUCGUCACUUUUGAGCGUAUUCAGUUCAAGACGGCUACCGCUAACAAUGGCAAGCGUCGUGCCGCACAGCAAUAUUACGUCGUUCUGGUCGACUUGUAUGCUCAACCCGAAAAUGGCGGCGAGCUCAUUAGAAUUGCCACGUCCACUUCAGCACCUCUGGUCGUUCGCGGUCGUAGUCCGGGACAUUAUGCCGACAACCACCACGAUCGAUACAAUCCAAUGGCCAUUAAUCCUGCCUUCUCGAACGAUCGUCAUCUUACGUUUCCCCAUCCUCAAGGACCCAAUGGAGCACCGGGUGUGAUGUCUGGUGACUUUGGUGGAGGUCCAUUCCCGCCGUACGGUCAGUAUCCGCCAUACAGUGGCUUUCCACCCGUAAAUCCUCCAAUGCGCAACGAUGCACUAUCUCUCAUAAUGACUACCAGCCCACAAAAUCCCCCAAAUCCUUCCUUCCACCCUCAACAUCCCCAUCAACCAUACAUGGUCCCGAGUAUCUCUGAAGUUUCUCAACCUGAAUCCAAUGCCCCUGACAUGUAUAACAACCCCAAUAUAGACCCGAAUUCGCUUGUGAACGGACACGACCAAAAGAUGCCGCCUCAUCACGGACAUCACUCUCAGCAAGUUGGACUCGAUAUGCAUAACAUCGAAGUCGCCGGAACCUCAUCUCCUCACUCGGCAUUCACGUCGUUUGAGUCACGUCAAGUGCAGACAACCGGCUAUCAUCAAAUGUACCACAACCAUCCUCCAAAUAACGCACCACCAGCACAUCACCCCGGAUACCAUCCCGAAAAUCAAAAUGGGUAUCAAGCAAACGGUCGGGUAUCGCCCUCCCAGCAAGCACGUAGAGACACAUCAACGUCGACGGGAAGCGAACAUGCAUCAACCAGUCCACACACAGAUUCAAAAUUGGUUACUAACGCUAAUAAUAACAACUCGUGCAGUUCACCUCAAUCAUCCAAUAGUUCUACAACAACACCAACUUCAGAAAUCGGAAAGGGCAUUGGUCAGAUGAGAACGUGA